UGCUUCAUGGACUAAUCCAUCCAGAUACUUCGAUAAUAUCAGUGCCUUCAACACCGAGAACAUCAAAUUCUGCAACGAAACCCGCCUGAUGAACAGCAAGGCCAUGGAGCAAUACGCUCGUGUCACUGGAGAUUGGGAUGGCAUUGACAAUAGUUCUGGAACGGUGGUGGGCAAGUGCUUCCAAGGACACUAUUGGUUUGCCCCUGUCUGCCGGGCCAACCCUAUGACUUGCUAUCCAGUCAUUACAGCAGGUCCCGGCUACGCCUAUGAGCAUUUCAUGCAAAGGGCUGCAGUGUUCAACAUGCCAGUGGUGAUGGUGGUGGCCAAGCUUUGGAGUGAUUAUAUAGCAUUACCCACCCAGGUCAAGUCAUCCUUCUAUUGGUGGGAGCCUGACCCCACCUUUCUGUCGCUGGACGCGCAUAAAAUGAUUUACCCGGACUUUGAUUCUUCAGCCCAUCGCGCAGGAAUCUUGACGACCGAUUACGAAGCCGUGAGUAUCGACAAGUAUGCAAGUGCCGACUUGAAGG